AUGAGGAAAGGUAGACAUGUUAUUGUUUGGAAGGUGAGUCCGCGUCCAUCAAAAUGUCAGGCAACUGUCUCUGUGGACUUUCUUCUCUCUCUCUCUCUCUCUCUUAUUUGUCUCUUUGAGACUUACGUCCUGUCGAUCUACCUUGUCGCCAGCUCGCACGUGUUCGUCGCUCGAGAAAGCAUUCUUCAAGUGGUUCAGCCUCUUACCUCUCACGACCCGUUCAAGUGGUUAUGCAUCUUACCUCUCACGAUCAGUUCAAGUGGUUCAGCAUCUUACCUCUCACGACUUGUUCAAGUGGUUCAGCCUCUUACCUCUCACGACCUGUUCAAGUGGUUCAGCCUCUUACCUCUCACGACCAGUUCAAGUGGUUUAGCCUCUUACCUCUCACGACUUGUUCAAGUGGUUCAGCCUCUUACCUCUCACGACCUGUUCAAGUGGUUCAGCCUCUUACCUCUCACGACCAGUUGA